CACACACUCCCUCUCUCUCUCUCUCUCUCUCUCCCUCUCUCUCUCACACACACACACACACAAACACACACAAACAGGUGAGGUGACAUUCCGUCCUCCUCCACGGAAAUUUGACGCGCAGGCGAAACUUGUCAGGGUGAGAAAGAGGAUCUCGGGCAGCCAGCAUUGUGUACGUGGACGACAGGUGAGCUGGAGGAGCAGAACAUGUCUGUGGAGAAAACAUGAUCACUCCACGCAGAAAUGUGGACACUGUCAUUUGUUCUGGACCUGGCGGUUCUGUCCUAUGCAGUGUCUUCCACACCUCCCAGCCCUAUCAAUGUCACCUUCUCCUCAGUGAAUCUCAGGAACGUGCUGCAGUGGACUCCAGCAAAUGGCACAACAGAGGAUACACACUUUACAGUGCAGUAUGCCAUCUACGGAGACACUAUACAGGGAAGUAAAGGGAAACGGGUGCAUUGGAGGGCGGCACAGCAGUGUACGGACAUAGCACGGAGCUGGUGUGACCUGAGCUUGGAGACAUGGGAUACAGAGGAGUCAUACUAUGCCAAAGUCCGUGCUGUGGGCAAGAGAGAGUCCUCCAAAUGGGCCAUAACAAGGAGAUUUGAUCCAAAGUUGGACACUACUUUGGGUCCUCCGCUGGUUUCUGUGGAAAUGGAGGGCAAUAAUGCCAUAAUUGAUAUGAAGGUACCCAUUAGACAUCAACCCAACAAUCACUUCCCAGUGGUUUCCAUGGCAACACUAUACCCCCAGCUGACAUACAACCUCUCCGUCCAAAUCCACAAAAAGACAUAUCAUUAUCCAGUGGACUCUAAUCCGUACACAUACCAACUGAUACAUCCCAAUAAAAAGCACUGCUUUUCUGCGAGGAUGAGACUGCUCUCCAUGCCCAUCAAGUGUCAGUCAUCAGCGUGGCACUGCAUAACCACACCUCAAGACCCUGAGAUUGUUCAUCUGCACAAGGUGGUUUGGGCUAUUGUGGUUCCAUCUGUCUGCUUGUGUAUACUUGCUGUGGUGGCCUACUUACUCCAUAACUACCUAACGGGAAAAGGACAGAAGAGCCGUAUGCUGAACUCACCUACUUUUUGGCCUCCAUCUCUUACCUUCUCUCCCGAGAAUCUCAAUCUCAACUUCAUCCUCGUCAGUGGCAUCAACAAUGAGUCACUAUCAGACCUCCAUAUGCAAAAAGAUGAUCUUGUGCCACCAUACGCUCGCCAGAGACCAGAAACACCUCCAGAGCCUGAUGACUUGUUGAUUGAUUAUGGAUUUGUUGGAGUAGCUCCUCAAACCUGCGUCGAAGGAGAAGAGACGGCGAGAGAGAGGAGGCAAGACCAAGGUGGAGAUGGGAAUAAUCUGAACGGUACAAAUCAGAUAUGCAUAGCAGGAGACAGUUACGAGAAGAAGAAGUGGGGAGCUGGUCACUUUACCGGAGUUAACUCUCCCCAGACAAACUCCUACCUCUCACAGAAGUCACCCCACACAUGCACACAUGAUCACAGUCCAGUAGAAGCAAAUGGAAAGACAGAUAGAAAUGCAGAGGAAGGAAGUGAGGCAGUAGCCCUUCUCUCUUCAUAUGCCUCCCAGAACAUAGGAAACAUCUCUCCCAUCCACGCUGACCAAUCUGAUUCCUUGGCAGAUGACUAUGGGCUUCUGAGUGUAGCUUCAGCACACAGUGCAGAGAAGGAAGGGGAGGAAGAAGAAGAGGAGGAGGAGGUGGGACUCUGCAUUAACUGGGACCCUGAAACUGGGAAACUAGUGUUUCCAGAGAUUGACACAGAGGCAGGCUUUGAUGAGGGCAUGCAGGGAGCGGAAGGGAGUGAGGGCAACUUAGGACGAGAGGAGGUGAACGUAGUGGGAGGCAAAUUGAAGUUGGAAAACGUCUUAGUCAAACAAGCAUCUGAGGAAGAGGUGCUGAGAGAGAUGGAGAGAGGUGGGGAAACAGGAUGGGAGGUGGAUGAUAUAUUCACCAAAUGGAACGUGGUCAUCUCAAUGGACCAGUAGAUGAUAUUCAUCAAUGUACUGUAUUUACCCCCAUUAUUACAAAAAAAAUGAAAAUAAUACAAAAUAUAAUUGUGAUUAAUUUUUAAUACAAAUAAUACUGACAAAAUAUUAAAGCGCUAAUUAGUUUGGUUAUGUUUUUAGUAUAGUUGACCUACUGUAUCUUACUGAUUAACAUGUCACUCCAAUCAAUAUUAAUCAUAUCACACUGUGAUCACCUCAAUUUUAAGCAAUUUGUUACUGUAUAUUCAUAUUUCUAUUAUGUUGAUGUGUUAUUAUUAUAUCUCAGUCCAACAAAGCACUAAUUGCAUGUUCUAGCCUAGUGUCAUGUUUCACCAUCGAAAUGUAGUUUUGUUUUUGUUAACGACAUGGAAUCUUUUUGUUAUUGUGGGGGUUUUUUAACAGUACAUUUUGAGUUUACCAUGAGUAUAUACUUCUGUGUUAAAUGAUGACAGUGGUUAGCCGUAGUAGUUUUGAUUUGGUUCCGUUUAGUUUCGGGUUUAACACUUGAAACCGUUCUUGCUGAAAGACCUUUGAAUAGGGUUUGUUUUAAAAAAAAAUGAAGGAUAGUAUGGUUAAAUUAUAUGUAAUCUUUAUUUUUAUGAAGGAGAGGCUGAUGUAAUGUGGAAUAGGACCAUUUUAUGUUCAUGUAUGAUGUAGAACUUUAGAUGUUAUUCUUUACACAAUGUAGGUUUUAUAUGAAUAAGGAGGCUGCAUGACUCACACAUGUGUCGUGUUUCUUUCCUUGUACUAAAAAAAGGGACAGUUGAUCAUUAUAACAUUAUUUUGUUGCACUUUCUUUUUCUCUUUUCUCUAAACCCAUUGUCUGCAGAAUAAGUAAUUUUGUUUACAACUAGUAUGCUCCAUGGUUUUCUUGUUUGUUUUUACCAGCUUAAUUAUGAACUACUGUCUCUUGUUUUGCAUUAGAGCUAUAUAAACAUAAAAUAAUGUUGUUGUUUUUUAAUUCUGUAUCAAUGCACAGUAAAUUCUUUCACUUCACUAUCGUGUCUUUGUGAUGCAGAAGAAAGCCACCUCGGUUGUAUUCCACCAUGUAGUAAUGAAGGAAAUAAUUAUAAUGUUUUGUCAAUGCUCUUCUGCUUCUUACAUAAGUGUUUGUAUUUCUGCCUUCAUGAAGCUAAAACUACUGAAACUGUGUGUACAUGUAGAACGUUAACCAUCUCACCUCAGCUGACUUCUGCAUUCUGUAUCAUAGAGUCUCAUACUGAAAAUAACUGUAAAAUCUCUUUCUGUAGAUUCCCUGUUAACCCUGUGUCUAAGAUCACAAGAAGGGGGGGAUUUGCAAAAAAAAACCCGGGUUGUCUACUAUGUGGUGGGGCCGUUAGAUGCUGUGCAUUAAAGUUGUAUCCAGUUUCCUAAAA